AUGAAAUGUCUGAAACAAUGGAUAGAAUCCGGCCAGGACAACUACAACACCUGCCCUCUCUGCAGAGAACAGCUAUUCUCUGAAAUCGACAAGCCUGAAUUUGUCGAAGGAGCACGACGCGAACGCCAAGAUCUCACAAUGACCCACCAGAUCCAGACCUGGGACGAUGCCAAGAAGUUCGUCAAAACUAUUUGGCGUGCCAUGUACAAGUUCUACGAACGCGAUCAGAUCAUCUACGACUCUGAUAUUGAAGAGGCGAUCACCGACGCGCUGGCUGGCCCCCCCGCGCGCUACAAUAGCAUUCAGGGUCUCUAUAUAUUCAGUGGUCAUUGGCCCACAAUUGGGUACAUGGCUAAAGACAUGGUGCAAGAACACUAUCGAAAUGGAAGCUUUGUUCCGCUCAUAGGAAUGCCGCUUAGAGGUUAUUUGUACAGUGUGGAGGGCCCGCUACAAUGGCAGCUUGAAGGCUCUGAAUCGACGGAUGAAGAAGCGUCAGAUGAGGAAGGUGGUGAUGAUGAUAUGUUGAUGGCAGAGUCGGCGGAGUAA